AUGUAUAUAUGUAGUAUUUGUAAUUGCUUUCUUGCUUAUAAAUAAGAUGAAAUUUACAAGUACCCUUUGAGGGAAGGAGAACAAUUGAAUUUUUUGACAUUUAAGAUGAUAGAGAAUUGCAAAGAAGAUCAAUUCAAAAAAUAUGAUUUAUUUAGUCAUCUAUAUUGUAAAUUCUGCGAUUAAGAGAUAGGAAUGAGAAUAGGAAAGGAUUUCUCUAUUUAUAAAUGCCAACUUUAAGAGUCUUUGGGGUCUAUAAAUAUUGGAGUGUAUUCAUUGAAACAAGAACUCUUGCAAAAGAUAUCACAAAUGCUCGACAAAACUUGUUAUUAGUGUUAUCUCUAACCCUUACUAAAGAAAGAAUUAACUAAUGUAUAAAUCAUUCCAAAUGUAAAUGCAGCAAUCAUAAUCCAUUAAGUAGAAUCCCGAGUAUUGCUAUUGGGGAAAAAUGGCUUAUACAAUGAUUUAGCAUAGAAGUUAUGGAAGUAAACAUCUGGAAAUGUGUUGUUGAUUUUGUAUGACAAAGAGGAAACUAAUUAAGAAGAAUUAGUACACAAUUUAGCUACUCAAGGAGAGUAGCCAUAGAUUGCUGAACUGUUUCAAUCUUAGAAUUUAGUAUUUUUCACUAAGCUUCUAAAUUUGAAUUCGAUCUUAUAGAAGUAUUUUGCAAAAUCGUAUAAUCAAUGUUACCCAAUUGAUAUUGUAAAGAAGGAAGAGGAUGUCACAAAUGAAAAGUGUCUUCUCUUGACAUACUAUUACUAAAGAUAUAAAUAAAUAGAUCAUCCAACUCAAGAUGAUAAAUUGACACUGUCUUUAAUAAAAUAGUCUCGUAAGUAGUUAAAAUUUGAAUGUAAAGUUUAAUGA